UAUUUAUUUUGAAAAACGUAAUUUAACAGGAAGCACAGUUAAAUACAACUCGUCUACUGAUGUCCUCUUGCAAGUUUCUGAAUACGAUGAUUUCGACUACUGACUGAAUUGUUAAAAACAAUCUGGAUGUAGUUUUGCAAACUUUUGAAAACAAUCAUGGCGAAAAAAAAUUGGACUCAUUGGUCGGAUAUUUUAAAAAGGAGGCUAGCAAACGCAAAUCGAGAUGAAAGGAGCCAAGAAGAAAAGAAAUCUGAAGAAAUGGAUCUGUUCACCAAAUAUUAUUCUGAAUGGAAGGGCGGAAGUGACAAAAACAAAUCCUACAAGAACAUUCCUCGAUUCUACUUUAGGCUACCAGCUGAGGAUGAAGUUUUACUCCAGAAACUGAGAGAAGAAUCUAGAGCGGUCUUCCUGCAGAGGAAGAGCAGAGAACUGUUGGACCAUGAGGAAAUCCAGAAUUUGUGGUUUCUGCUUGAGAAGCACCAAGUGCCUCCAGUGAAUAGUGAAGAGGCCAUGAUCAGUUACGAAGCCUAUCUGGAGGUGGGCGACCUGGCUGGGCCCAAGUGCAACAAAUUCUUCACAGCCAGAGUGUAUGCCAAACUGCUCCACAGCGACCCCUACGGCAGGAUCUCAAUCAUGCAGUUCUUCAAUUACAUCAUGAGGAAAGUGUGGCUUCAUAAGACCCGGAUUGGCCUGAGUCUCUAUGAUGUGGCGGGACAGGGCUUCCUCAGAGAGUCUGAUCUGGAGAACUAUAUUUUGGAGUUGAUCCCCACACUACCUCAGCUGGAUGGACUGGAGAAGUCUUUUUACUCUUUUUAUGUCUGUACUGCUGUCCGCAAGUUUUUCUUUUUCCUUGACCCGCUUCGUACUGGAAAGAUUAAAAUCCAGGACAUCUUGGCUUGCAGUUUUCUGGACGAUUUAUUAGAGUUAAGAGAUGAGGAGUUGUCGAAAGAGAGUCAGGAGUCCAACUGGUUCUCGGCACCUUCAGCUCUCAGAGUCUACGGGCAGUACCUCAACCUGGAUAAGGACCAUAACGGGAUGCUGAGCAAGGAGGAGCUGUCACGUUAUGGCAGAGCCACGCUCACCUCAGUCUUCCUUGAGCGAGUGUUUCAGGAGUGCCUCACUUACGAUGGAGAAAUGGAUUACAAGACAUAUUUAGACUUUGUGCUGGCCUUGGAAAACAAAAAGGAGCCAGCAGCGCUGCAGUAUAUUUUUAAACUUUUAGACAUGGACAAUCAAGGAUACCUCAAUGUCUUCUCCCUCAACUAUUUCUUCAGGGCCAUCCAGGAUCAGAUCAGAGUGCACUGUCUAGUCCCUGUCUCCUUCCAGGAUGUCAAGGAUGAGAUCUUUGACAUGGUGAAGCCUAAAGACCCCUAUAAGAUCACACUCCAGGACUUGGUAAACAGUUGUCAGGGUGACACGGUCACCAGUAUCCUGAUUGACUUCAAUGGCUUCUGGACAUAUGAGAACAGAGAGGCACCUGUUGCCAAUGACAGCGACAGCACAAACACAGCCAAUAAUGAUGACUCCUAAACAAAGUGA